AUGACGUCACAGGAGCGUAGCAACAUUUUCUCCGAUGACGAUGAGGACCUGCAUCCUCGGCAGCAAAGCAUUGGUGGUGUGCUGAGGCGAGAAGGUAACUGGAAGUGCUUCCUCCUCACGCUGAUGAUCGUCGGUUGCUUGGCGUCUGUAACCUGGUGUAGUACGGCCGAAAUUGACAGGGAACUCAUUGAUCUCAACACGUACCCGAUAAAGAGGAUAGUCCGGGAGUCACCCUGUGAUGUUGGCUAUGCAUAUAUUCCAAUCGCCUUUGUUUUGCUGCUGUACUUGGUAUACCUGGUCGAAUGCUAUCACAGCACGGCUAGGAUUCAGCUAGCGAGAAGAGUGGACGUGGCAGCAGUAAGCGCGAGGGUACAUGCUAUGAGGAACGCUAACCCAAGAGUCUGGUGGAAAGCCAUUUGCUACCACUACGUGCGUCGGAAGCGGCAAGUCACGCGAUACCGUAACGGCGACGCCUACACCACAACACAGGUAUACUAUGAGAGAGUGAACACGCACAGCGCGAGUACCUCAUUUGCACAUGCCUGCUGUGGUCAGAGAGAUGCAUCGAGAAAUCUUGUUUUAGAUUCUAAAACUCCCAUCACAAAAGUUCGAUUCAGCAAGGGUUUCGCUUUCGCAAACAUCGAGGCUGCCAGCGAAUUCGAAGAUCAAAGGUCAAGAUUUUUUGCAGAACAUGAACGAUUUGAUGACUUUAUGGAAAUGCGCGAAGGACUAGAUUUAAUAGGUGUUAGUUCUUUUAGGGAAUAUAUGGUGGCAUACAGGGAUGCAGAUCGUUGUCCUUGGUAUUCUUCUCAGCUACUAUUUUGGACACUUUCCUGUCUUCUAUUAUCAUGGCCACUUAGAAUUAUCAUAGAAUGUAAUACCGCAUAUGUACAUUAUACGAUAACAAAAAUAUUCGGUACAAACUACGAAUUAGACCCAAGCCGACAAUUAGAUUUAGAUACGCAUUUAUCGGAUACUUUACCGCCUGUUCCUGCUACAAAUUAUUCCUGGGCACUAGCAGAUGAACAAAGUGCUAUUCUUUGUUCAGCUUCCAGACCUCCUCGUACGCUUCCACUUUCUCAUGCGUCCACAGUUGAUAGUCUUGAAUUAUUCGCAGCUAUAAGGGGUAAUUGUGCGAUUGUACCUUCAUACUCAGAAGCAAUGCGGAUUGAUGAUGCUCUCAGAGAAGAUCCCGCUGAAAAUACGUCAAAUGCAGGUGUUCUUAUUGACAUCGAAACAGAGCAGAGAGCUGCUAUACCUGCUAUAAAAGCGGCUUCAUUUGAUGAACCUACUACUAGAAGACCUAGAGUUACCAUUGCUGGAACUUAUUCAAGUCAUAACAUUGCUGGAAGUUCUAGAUCUCAUGAGGCUAAAUUACAAAAUAGACGGUCCUGGGCAGGGGUUUUAACAUCUGCUCGAAGUGCAAGACAAAUUCUGGAUGAUUUAACAAAUAGCACUGUUACCUAUCAACCUAUACCAGAAUCUCAAGCAAGAAGAAAUGGAGAAAAUACGUUAUACUUUUCAAGAGAAUUGUCACCGACGUGUUCAAGAGAUCCAUUUGGAGGUCGAGCUCAAACAACACCAACUGAUGAGCCGCCGUCGUAUGAAGAAGCUUUAAAAUUACCCGCGUUAAAGAAAUUGACUAGGUCUAUAACUGGUACAGACUUAGCGGGACCCAGAAGAGCAUUUUUGAAGGAUGUAUUGUCAAAUAGAAGAUCAUGUUUAGAAGGAGUGGGCGUAUUAGCCGGCGCUAAAGUAGUUAGAUUACCAUAUAGUGAGUCUGGCGAAGAAACGCCUCUAUAGCGCUAUUACGUGUCUAAUUUUAGUGACUCUUUAUGGUGUGAUAAAAUGUUAAUAUAGAAACUCGUAUAAGAAUAUUAUAGGUGCAAU